AGUGAAUUCGUGGAUGGUGUGAGCGCAAAGCUGUGCUUGAGUCUUGGCUCUUCUUCACAAUGCGAGUAAAGGGAGCAUGGCAGUGCUGCCCGAAUACGCUCUAAUCAUUCAUCUGGAGCUCUGACUGGCCAUUUCAAUGCGUGGCCGAGUGCACAGGGAACUUUUCCACCAUGAGAAUUCACUGCAAAGUCGUGGCGCUGGCGUUGUGCCUCGGAGUUUUCCUACUUCUGUACUUUUUCGGGGGGAACAGCGCGGACGAGCCGCCGCUCAGCCAAGCUCAGGAAGACCACAAAGUUCCCAGUUUUCCAUCUGCGGCUGGACUUGGAAAAAUAGUUUCGGGGAAAGUCGAAAAGCCUCCCGAGCCUCCAAAACAGAUCCGUCCCAGUCGGAAAGAAGGCUACAGAGGAGGCAAUGGCAGCGCUAAGCUUAGGCAGAAGAGUGCACUCGGCCAGUCUGGGUUAAAGGUCCUUCGGGUGGAGGAAGUCAUGCACCUUGCUGUUGUUGCUUGUGGAAACCGACUGGAGGAAACUCUUACCAUGGUUAAAUCAGCACUCCUCUUCAGCAUCAAGAAGAUCAAAUUUCACAUCUUCGCAGAGCAGGAGCUGACAGAACAGUUUGAGAAAGAGCUGAGCCACUGGCCCCGGCCGCUCUCCUCCAAGCUCCAGUACACGCUUUACCCAAUCACUUUUUCCGUGGGGAACGCUGAGGAAUGGAAGAAGCUCUUCAAACCAUGUGCUGCCCAGAGACUCUUCCUUCCAGUCAUCCUGAAAGACGUAGACUCGUUGCUGUAUGUGGACACAGAUGUCCUGUUUCUCCGGCCAAUGGAUGACAUCUGGAAAUUCCUGAAGGCCUUCAACAGCACUCAGUUGGCAGCCAUGGCCCCCGAGCACGAGAUCCCCAAAAUCGGCUGGUAUAGUCGUUUUGCAAGGCACCCUUUCUACGGCGUUACAGGCGUCAACUCCGGGGUCAUGCUGAUGAACCUCACGCGCAUUCGCAGCACUCUGUUUAAGAACAGCAUGAUCGCUAGCGGCCUGUCAUGGGAGGACUUGCUUCAUCCACUCUACCAGAAAUACAAGAAUCACAUCACAUGGGGGGACCAGGACCUCCUCAAUAUUAUUUUCCACUACAAUCCAGAAUGUCUGUAUACGUUUCCGUGCCAGUGGAACUACAGGCCUGAUCACUGCAUGUACGGCAGCAACUGCAAAGGGGCAGAGGAGGAGGGUGUGUCUAUUCUCCAUGGCAACCGUGGUGUUUACCAUGACGACAAGCAGCCAGCUUUUAAAGUGGUGUAUGAUUCUAUACGUGAUUAUCCUGUUGGAGAAAACAUGUUCCAGUCCUUGUUUUAUCCUCUCCAGACCAAAUUCUUGGACACGGUCAACACACUAUGUGGCAGAGUUCCUCAGGUGUUUCUGAAGCAGAUCGAGAAGACCAUGAAGGCCGCGUUUGAGCAAAAAGUGGUCCGUCACGCUCGGCCGCCACACAGACAGCGUCGCUGAACUGCAACAGAUGCAGUUUAUAAAUGACAUGGAGAAGAGCUGAUUCUCGAAAAACCAGUGGUGUUUUUAAUGGAACAUGUGCAAUACCGAGAACUCGGUGUGGUUUCCUGACCAGUGUUCUCUCUCUGGAAAGGAUGAUGCAGAGCUUCUUGGAUAGACUGGGUUUUACGCAGUGGUCAUUAUGGAAUAAAUGGCAGCUUGAUAAAGGGGUUGCUCUCCAAAGAACUAAACCACUUACAUAUAAGAGCAGUGGAAAAAAAAAAAAAAGUCCAUAAGGUUAAAACCUAGAAAGGUAUUGGGUAUAUGUUGAAUGAAUUUAGCAGGAUUUUUUUUUUCAGAGAAGUUGGUAUAAGUGAUGUUAAAAUAGCAACAUUUUUCUCUUACACAGUAACAGAGCAACAGAUUGCACACACUAUCUUAUUAGUUUGACUCUUGUUGCAAAGAAUAUGAAGACAAAUGCAAAGACAUGUUGAAAAUGCAACUGGGGACCAGACUGUGGGUCAGACAGAGGCAAGAACAGGGUGGUGUAGCACUUGAAUGUGCAAUGUUCUUCUUCAGAGGUAAUGUUUUAGAAGAAAGCAAAUGCCAGUCACUGUUGCCUGAGGGCAGCGUUGUAGAACCGAGUGACUUUAUUGCCUGAUAAUGGGCUGCUUUUAUUCAUUUCAGCAGUCAGAUUGUGUCUGUUUACCGCUUUGGCUCUUCUGAACUAAAAUCCUGGUUUACAUAUACGCUCAGUCUACAACAGAGCCCAUGUCAUAAGCCAUAAAUAAUGUGAAAUCUGUGGACAUUCCUAUGAUCAUAAUAAGGUACAGACAUAGCAUAACAGCUUUCCUUUUUUUUCAUAAUUACAGUAUUAUAUUAUGAUAUAAACCGCUAAAAACACAAUAUUGUCUGGUUUUAAAAAAAAAAAAAACCUGCACGAUUGCGUGUUUUUAGAGGAUUUGUGUGUGUAUGUGUGAUUUGCAUGCUUCUAAAAUUGGAUAUGACACAGAUUUGACCUCUCCUAGGCUUCUACGAGGCAUAAAAUAUGGCAGCGAAAUUGCUUUUGGAAACUAAUAUACUGCUAAUGCAGCAGCAAUAUUCCGAGACAUUUGUGCUAUUAUUUCCAUGUUGUGGCAAGAACCCAUAAAGAACAGAAAUCGUCUUCUAACUCGCUCAGGACCGUUUUUCUGCUCCAUGCCCCUUUGAAGGUUGUGCGAUGUUCUGCACAGACUCACUAACCAUUAAUCAUCAUUCUCCUGAAGUGUGCUGCAUGUAUAAUACGUCGAUCAUUGUGUAUGUGGCGCGCGUCUGCAAGUCAAGAUCCCGUUGAACAAUUCCAAAAUCACGUCACCUCCUUAUCAGCUGGGGAACAGAAACUAGUGUGAUCAAGCUAAUGGGUAAAGAAUUAUUUCAUAUUACAACUAUUUCAGGGAGUAGAUUACAUUACUCAUUCAUAAUUCAAACAAUAACUUGAGGUUAUGAUGCUGAGUUGUUUUAAUGAUUGUGAACCUCGUAGUUGCCUAUUGGAGGAAAUUUCAAAGGAAAAAUCCUCCCUGAACAAUUUCCAUAUUAAUCUUUAUAAUUAACAUGGUAUCUUCAAUGUCAUCCAAGGUUUUUUUUUUUUUUUUUUUGUAGUGAGAGUCUGAGUGGACUUUGGUUCAGUUGAAGGUUUCCUACAUUACCCACAAUGCCAUUUUGACUACCCAUCGAUAGUGGUGCAGUGGGAUUUGUGCUGCAUUUGACUUACCACGUAAUGACGUCAUUUUCAACCUCCACACAUUUAACGCACACAAAGUCAGAAACAAAACAUGGACACCUCCAUGUUCGUCUUUUGUUAGCACCAAACUAGCCAGCUAACUGUGAUGAGUGAUGUGUGAUCUUCCUCCUCAGAACAGCAAACUGUAUAGUCAGUGUUAUAGAUCUAACAUGCAAAUGUGUCUGUAUGUUGAUCGAUCUAAAGCAAACGUAUACAGUGUAACUCAGUUAAAAGUAAGAAGUGCUAGUUUGCUUGCUUCUGAUACUAUGUGCAGCCAUGUUGAGUUGAUAUCGCUCCACAGACUGGGAAGGCGCUCGUAGUUGAAAAGAUUAGGAAUUUCAAGUUGAGGGGGUGUUUUAUUUAGCUUUUCCUGGUUGAAGGGUGGGAAUUACAAGUUGGAACCUCGAGUCAAAUGCAGCAUUAGCCCUCGCUUAAUCUCUACCUAAAGAGAGACGAAUGCUGGAAAAUGGCGAAUGAGAAAAGAAGGUCUUGUGCAUUCGUUUUUAGGAGCUAACAGGAAAACCCGAUCAUUUUCACUUACACUGGAGAUCGUCAAAAUCUUUUGUCCUGUUAAACCCAGUUGUAACUGUGCUAGGAAACUUCUCACAGGAAUAACCAAAAUUACUGCAGAAUUAUUACCGAAUUACUAAUCUCGUCAAAUAUUUUAAAAUUUUAUGUAUUUCAGGGAAGAAUUUUCCUUUAUGUAGUUAUACUUAGUUUGGAAGCAUAUAUUUCACAUACAUUAAAAAUAAAAACACACACACAUUUUUUUACUGAAUUUUUGUAAACUGUGCAUUUUCCCAGGAUAAGCACUGACCUGUCCCGUGUCAGAUCACCAAAUAACCCUGUUCAUAAACUCCAGAAUUACAGAAACGACAAGUAAUCAUAAACUCCUCUCUGCUAAAUAUCUUGUGAUAUUCGCUUGCUAUUAUAUUUCAAUCUUUAUAUUGAUCAUGCUUAUACAUAUUUUUUAUUUUAAAGCCUGGAAAAACAAAGCAGAGGAAGUGUUGUAAAUAAUAUGACAUAAAUGUGACCAUCAGCACAGCGUUGCUUUUUAUAAUCUGGGACUGGUUUCCAGCAUCAUCUCACCGCUGAUGAAGUGGAACAUUCUGAAACAUACAAUCAUAUAUUUCUGUUUUUUUUGUUUUGUUUUUUAUCAGAAGUGUCAAUGCAUGUCAGAAAUGAAAUAAAUGAAGACGCACAAGCUUUUUCUA